AUGGACGCGUGGGACGCGUGGGACGACGCCGUCGACGCCGAGCGCGCCGCGCGCGCGGUCGCGGACGCGAGCGAGGCGCUGCGACGGCGAAUGCGCGCGGAAUCAUCGACGACGACGACGACGACGACGACGACGGCGACGACGGCGACGACGGCGCCGACGACGAUCGAGUUCGCGCUUCGCGAACCUGGGGACGCGUUCGCGAUCGCGCGCGCGACGCCGCGCGCGGGCGCGCUCGGGGAGGCGGCGGCGGCGGCGGCGCGGGACGCGGGCGCGACGCGCGCGAGCGACGGCGCGUGGACGGCGCCGGCGGGCGCGGUGCGCGCGAUUCGCGACGCGCUCGUGCGUCGGACGAACGCGCGAGUGCUGGACGUGCCGGGGAUGGCGCUGCGGUGCGCGGAGGUGCGGUUCGAGGAGGACGCGGCGGGGGCGUACGCGAGAGGCGUGCCGAAGGCGCUGGACGCGAAGAUGUUUGAAUUUCAGAGGACGGGGGUGAUGUACGCGCUGAGGCGACGGGGACGCGUGUUGAUCGGGGACGAGAUGGGGCUGGGGAAGACGGUGCAGGCGUGCGCGUUGUUGGCGUGUUAUCGCGAGGAGUGCCCGGCGCUCAUUUUAGUGCCGACUUCGUUGCGCGAGGCUUGGCGAAACGCUUUGCAAUCGUGGCUCGACGUCGCGGACGGCGACGUCGCGUGCGUGGGGGCGGCGAGCGAGGGGUGGAAACUCGACGAAGGACGACCGUUCGACAUCGUGCCGUACUCGCUCGUCGUGAAGCUUCGCUCGAAAUUGCUCGCGAAGCGGUAUAAAAUCGUCGUGUGCGACGAGAGUCAUUUUUUAAAGGAUCGACGCGCGCAGAGAACGCAGGCGGUGAUGCCGCUGCUCAAGGAUGCCAAUCGCGCGAUUUGUCUGACGGGCACGCCAGCGCUCAGCAGGCCGAUCGAGCUGUUCACCCAGCUCGAGGCCUUGGUGCCGAAAGUCUUCGCGCGAUUGAACGAGUACGGCGCGCGGUACUGCGCAAACGGCGGGCCGUUCGGCAUGUACACGGGAUGUACUCACGCCGACGAACUGCACGUCAUGAUUUCAAAGCUUUGUAUGGUGCGUCGUUUGAAAAAGGACGUGCUCAAGGACUUGCCGCCGAAGCAACGAACGCAGGUUUGGCUCGCGCUGGAGAAGUCGAGCAUGGGCGACGUGCGCCGCAUAAAAUCGCUACUCGACGAACUGCGUCAGAGAGGCGGGAACGAGCUGGAAGAAAAAAGGCUGCUAAACGAGCUCUUCUUAGCGAGCGCCAAGGCGAAGACGAAAUCGGUGUGCGAGUACUUGGAGACGUUGAUCGACGGGAGUACGUCGAAAUUUUUGUUCUUCGCGCAUCACGGCGUCUUGCUCGACGCCGUGGCUCAGUGUAUGGACGCGAAGAAAGUCAAAACGAUUCGCAUCGACGGAUCGACGCCAGCGGCGGUGAGAGGCGACUUAGUGAACGCGUUCCAGCGUCGCGACGACGUUCGCGUGGCGAUUCUCAGCAUCAAAGCCGCGGGGAUGGGCUUGACGCUCACCGCGGCUUCGACGGUGAUCUUCGGCGAAAUGGUGUGGACGCCUGGCGACUUGAUUCAGGCUGAGGAUAGAGCGCACAGAAUCGGGCAGCAAUCGAGCGUUUUGGUGCAGUACCUACACGCCAAGGACACGAUCGACGAAAUCAUUUGGCAAAGCAUAAAGAAGAAGUUGGAUAAUCUCGGCGCGGUGUUGAACGGGCAAACGAGCGGAAAUCACCUCGAGACGACAUCGACGAACGGGAAGUCGCCGAAACGGCAAAAAGUGCAACCCGUGAUCGACGUCUCCCAAAGGACGCUGACCGAGCUGUUCGCAUCUCAGGCAACGCAGUUAUCGUCGCCGGCGGGUGAAGAUUCUCAACCCACCGACGCCUAG